UUGAUUCAGGGUAGGAUAUGGCUGAGACGAAGGACAUCCCUCCCGGGUCAUACAUGCUCGAACUCGGAAAAAACCUUCACCGAUCAACGGCGUAACGAUGGACCUUCCUACCACCCCGGACCAGCCCCUUGCGAUACAACAGAAAACUCAGACCGAAGUGCUCAUUUCUACCCUUAUAUUCCACUUAUAGAUGAUUUCAAACCGAUGUCAGUGGCAUCUUCGGAUUCCGACACUUACAUCGCAUUCGGAGCCAACGGGGAUGUCCAUGUUGCUGUACCGACUGAUGGGGAGAACAUGACUGUUUUCAAAGGAUCGAAAAAGGAAGCAAAAGCCAAAGAAUGCCUGCUGUUUUUCGAUAAAAAGUCUGGGAAAGUUCGAUUAGAAAAGAUUGCUUCAAAUAUCAAUGUUAAGAAGACCAGGGAUUUGGAUCCAUCGACGGAAAACGUCCUACGAUCUGAAAUGGCCCGCUUGCGGACCAAUCGCAUUGAACGUCCACCUCCUCCUGAACCAAGCAGUUCUUCAUUCCCGGGAGCUGAUAGCAGCAGUUCCUCUGACUCUUCGAGUGAUGACAGUGAUAGCGAUAGUGGAUCUGAUGAUGAGGUGGUCUUAUGCGUUAUGUUCUUGGUUCUGGCCGAAUAA